GAUUCUCUGUAAGAAGCGGUAAAGGGGUUCCAUAAAAGGGAUAUCAGCCAGAGUGCUGAAGAAAGGAGAACUGAUAUUUGGUUGAAGCCAACAUCUCCAGCAGUAGGUCAUGGCAACCCGGAAUAAGCCUGAUCUUGACUGCUCCCCGCUGUUGGAUUUGUUGAAGAGCUAUAAAGCUUGCCUGACCCCGAAAGGGCAUAGCUGGGCUGAGGGACACUGGCAGUCCCCAACAACUGUAGCAGAACAGAUAAGAGACUUGGCAAAAGAAAAUAAGUUUAGGCCUGGAAAGGGAAAGGCUGUGGUUUGUUGUGUCUUGGGAGCCUCAUUGAUAGCUGCCCAGAAGGACAAAUAUGUUGUCAAACAAGCUCAGCGGGAGGCAAAUGAGUCCCUUCAGGAACUGGUUAAAAAACUACAGGCAGAACUGGAAAUGGAACGGGUGAGAUGGCAACUAGCUGAAAAAGCAUUAGCAGAUGAGAAAAGAAUCAUGGAAAACUUGAAGGGUAGCCUGCGAGAUGCUUUUGUGAGGGAAAGAGAGCUGAAGUUGCAGCUCCCUGGGGACCUUGACAGCGAACCAGGAUUUUCUAGCUUAUCAAAAGAAGCCGACCCCAUUGCGAGGGAGGUUGCCCCUCACUAUCCAUGGGAAGAGCUGAGGGCAGUGAUGGAACCUGACCCUACUCCCAAGCUCCAGCCACUUAUUAAAACUGAAGUCAUGUAUGACGGGGAAGAUGCGGAACCCGCCGUUACCACUAACGAGAUACCUUAUACUGUUACUGAAUUGGAGAAACUGCAGGAAAAAUAUACUAGGCAGGCUAAGGAAACUCAGACCGAACAUGUGUGGAGGGUCUCCCUGACAGGCUGAGACAGAAUAAAGCUUUCGGAGGAAGAGGCUCAGGGAUAUUGGGGUCCUGGUGUAUUUUUGACCGUCGAUGACGAGCGGGAACCUUGGUCCCUGACCCAGAGGGUGGCGUAUUGGGCCGGAGGGUCAGGCCCCUUGGAGAGAGGAGAUCCUAUGGCCAUGCCCACCCCUGGGCUAACCCAGCUUACAGAGAGUGUACAGAAGGCGGCUUGCCUCCAACUAAUGCAUGACAGGCGCCUAGUUCCCCGCCAGCCUUCCCUGAUGUUGUUGUUUGCCAAUUGGGAUAGGAUGACUCCCUUGAUUAAAGGGUUACCCGAUUCACUGGAGAGUUAUGCUGUGCAAAUUCAAGACCGACUAAGAGCCACUGUAGCCAUGGGACGUCAGGGCGGACCGGGUCUUACCUGGGGGGAAAUCGCACGGGAACCGAUCAACUAUGGCAGGCGUGUGGGGUAUGUUGGAAAGCAGGGGAAGGCACAAGCGGCGGUCCGUAGGACCGAGACAGAGGAGAAAAUACUCCGCCCCCGAGACAGAAGCUUGGGGGGGGGCUCAAGAAAUCACUUGUGGAAGGAAGGUCGAGAUAAGGGUAUUCCCGGAGAAUUAAUGGAUGGCCUACCCCUCCCCAAUUUGCAGCUGCUUGUAAAAAUGUGGAAACCGAUAGAUAAAGGCCGGUCGGGAAAAGAAAGCGUCCCCACAGUCCCUGUACCUCAGAGAUCAGCCGCUCCUACGGCUCCCGUGGAGGGGCUCACCAGCCCUCCAAGGUCGGGAAACUUCUUGCGCCGUCCCCAGUGA